GCCUCAAAGCAGACAGAGAUAGAGAGAGAGAGAGCAGAGUUCGCAGAGCACGCACGCCAUCCUUGUAUCCUUUCCUUGCUAUUGCUAGAGUAUAUAUAAAGUGCAACACUGCCCACAGCUCCAUCUACUCAAGCUACAAGCGGAUCCAUCCAUCCCAGUCCCGGUGAGGGAGCACAUAUAUAGCCGGCCAGCUGCGCCUGCGCUGCAGAGUGCAGAGUCGAGUGGGGUGUGGGGGUAGUAUUCGAAAGCAAGAAGAGGAGAGGCUGAACCAGCCGGUGGAAGGGAAGGGAGUCGAAGAGAGGGAGGGGGAGAAGAUGCUGGCCUGCAUCGCGUGCGUCAACAAGGAAGAAGGCGGCGGCCGGGAGAGGGAGCGGGACGGCGCCGGCGGCGACAGAGACGGAGACACGCCGACAUGCAGGGACCCCGUCAAGUCGCUCACCUCCCAGCUCAAGGACAUGGUGCUGAAGCUGUCGGGCACGCAGAGGCAGGGGGUGCCGAAGCGGGGGGGCUCGCCGCCGCCGAGGGGCCGGACCACGUCCCUGUACCGCAGCGGCUACUACCGCCCGGGCGUGGUGCAGGACGACAUGGCGGUGCCGCCGGCCACGUACCUGGGCCACGGCGCCGGGGGCGGCGGCACGGCGGCGUCGAGCGCGAGCUCCACGCCGGCGUGGGAGCGGCCGCCCAACGGGGCCGGAGGCCAGGGCGGCGAGGCGGCGGUGCGGGAGUGGGUGGCGCAGGUGGAGCCCGGGGUGCAGAUCACGUUCGUGUCGCUGGCGGGCGGCGCCGGCAACGACCUGAAGCGCAUCCGGUUCAGCCGGGAGAUGUACGACAAGUGGCAGGCGCAGCGGUGGUGGGGCGACAACAACGAGCGCAUCAUGGAGCUCUACAACGUCCGCCGCUUCACCCGCCACGUGCUCCCCGACCCGCCCCGCGGCGACGACGACGCCGAGAGGGAGUCGUUCUACUCGCAGUCGCAGGUGGGCUCGACGAUGGGCAGCCCCGCGGCGACGCCCUCGCCGGCGCCGGAGAGCAUCGCCUGGGGCGCGGCCUUCGCCCGCCCGCAGCCCUCCGCCGCGGCCGGCGCCGGCCCAGGCGGGCCCGGCGGCGCGGCGCGGCAGCACAGCUUCCGCGGUCCGCUGUCCCCGCCGCCGCCGUCGUCGUCCAACCCGUCGGAGCGCGCCUGGCAGCAGCAGCAGCACCACCAGCAGCGCCAGAACGGUGGCCCGGAGCCUGACGCCGUGGAGCCGGCGCGGACGACCACCUCGUCCAUGCCGGACGACGUGUCCAUGAGCAACGCCAGCGAGCUGGAGGUGACGGAGUGGGUGAUCCAGGACGAGCCCGGCGUGUACAUCACCGUCCGCGAGCUCGCCGACGGUGCCCGCGAGCUCCGCCGCGUCCGCUUCAGCCGUGAGAAGUUUGCGGAGCUGAACGCGAAGCUGUGGUGGGAGGAGAACAAGGAGAGGAUACACGCGCAGUACCUCUGA